GAGCAGUGCGCUCGUGCUGCUCGGCUUUGCCUCAGUCCUCCGGCUGAAGACAGAGGGAGCGUUAACUCCGCGCGCUCCUCUCUCCUCUCCUCUCCUCUCCUCUCUCUCAGCUCUUCAUUAAAAGGACUGCAGUGGGUCUGGAGUCUGGAAUCUGGAAUCUUUGGGCGCAAAGCAGGAAUUUUACUUGGACAGCGCUCAAGUCCAUCACAAGAGCUGUAUAUCUACACUGAUGAGCAUGGUGGUCUGGAAGUGAGGGCGAUCAACCCUCCGCGGGAAGCUGAGUGAACGGUUCUGCCCUGAGAGGUUCGGAUUGAGAGAGUGAGAUACUGGAAAAGUAAAAAAAAAAAAAAAAAAAAAGAGAGAGAGAGAGAAAGAGAGAGAGACUGCGUGACUGACACCUGCCCUGCAGCUUUGGCAGAGGACGUGUAAUGGAGGAGUGAAGACGUGGAGGGAGCGAGGAAAUAGACGCGGAAGAAAGAAUGAAGACAACCAGAAAACCAGCGCUUCCUUCCAUUCGCUGUCACUUAAAUUAGAUCACUACACCUCCAAUCACUCAACAUGACUGACAGGUGUGUCCUCCUAUUAGUGUCUCUCUGCCUGUGGGAAGGGUCGGUCCUCUUGGGUUCAGGGUCAGUCACGAAGGUUGUCAGGAGAAGAGGACUUGGAUCGGUUCAUUCCCUUCAAUCGCACGGAGGCCUUGGAGAGACCAUGCCACGGGAUUUAAGUAUGGAAAAGAACGGGAUGCCGUUAGUUCGGCUAAAAGAACUGAUUGGUGCUGAGAAAGUGGACGACAAGGCUGGGGGCCACUCAAAAGGUGCUCAACCGAACAACGAAGGACCGUCGGUCUCAAACCAAGACGAGCUCCUUGAUUAUAACUCUAAAUCGCCUCUUCAGUCGGAUGACUCAAAUAAAAGGGUACGCCUGGCAGUGGAUGGUACUAGAGACGUGCUUGAGUCAAGAAAGUAUAGGAAUAGCACGAACAGUGGACAAAUAGAAAAGGGAAAUCCAGUUCACCACAAGGUGGACUCUAGUUUACACCUAAACAGAACCAGAUUCAAGUAUCCUCCGAGGUCCAGAGGGAGGCCAAGCCCCGGGACUCUCAGCAAAGCCAGAGUUCCAAAGGGAGUGCCGCAAGACUCGCCCCACAAAAUCAACCUGACUGGAAGCUACGGUGUUUUGAAGCUCAUCUCAAAAGAGAGUCUUGUGCGGAUCGUGAAUUCCCAGCUGCAGAAUGGUCUGAAUUUUCAGAACAAGAUUAGUCACAGCAGAAAGAGAGAUUUGAUUGAUAUGGAUCGCAGCCAAGCGGAGCAACCUGAAAUAAAGAGGAAAGAUCGGGCGGUAACUCCAGAUGUUCACGAAUCUGAGAUUCAUAAUAGGACUCUAAUUGCCGAGCCACACUCGAGCACCAUCACAAAUCCCAAUGUUAAUCCAGAUCAGAUGGGUCACACUCUCUGGAAACCAAUUAGUGAACUCACUUCAAGUUCAAGAGAGGAUGAAAAGAAGACAGAGGCCAGGGGUAUAGCUGCCACCGCUUCUUGGAGGAGCAAACAUUAUACCACCCACGUGACUUCAACGGCGCAAAGCGAGCUUGUCGCCAACACGGAGGUCAAUCGUGAUGCUUUUACCGGCAACAGUGAUUCUUCUGUCAGUGCGCAUGAAGGAAUAUCGCACGCCACCUCUCAGACUGCCUCUAAAAUCUCUGCAAGAAGGAGCUACUCUGUGGAGCCAGAAGCUGAAAGAGGCAUUAAUGCGAAAGAGGAUCAAGGUCAGGAUAUUCACACGACAAUACCGGAAUUCAGUGCCACGCAAGAUCCCAGUAAAGCUUCCGAUUCUGUGGACAGCAGUCACAUUUUGAAGCUGCCCCCAAAUCCAGAGUGGGGUGGAGGAACUAGCAGUCGAGGGACCACUGUGGAUACCUGGCCUGGCCAAGGUGGGCAUGGCCUCGUCUUUGAGGAGACGGAGGAAGAUGAGGAUAAGAGUUGGAGUCCGAAGCAAGGACCGCGUUCGAGAAGACGGCGCAGUUGGAUCUGGAACCAGUUUUUUGUUAUCGAGGAGUACGCCGGACCAGAACCUGUCCUCAUCGGAAGGCUGCACACUGACAUGGACAGAGGUGAUGGGCGCACGAGGUACGUGCUCCGGGGCGAGGGGGCGGGCUCCGUGUUCGUGAUUGACGACAAGACGGGCAACAUCCACGUGACCAAGCCCUUGGACAGGGAGGAGAAGGAUGAGUACCGGCUGAUCGCCACGGCAACAGACAGCCAGACGGAGCGUGCCUUGGAGCCCUCGUCCCAGUUCAUCAUCAGGGUGCAAGACAUCAAUGACAACCCACCUGUGUUCGAGGACGGGCCCUACAGCGCCACCGUCCCCGAGAUGGCCAACAUAGGUACGUCCAUCGUUCAGGUGACGGCGACGGACGCGGAUGACCCCACCUAUGGGAACAGUGCUCGGCUGGUCUACACGCUGGUCCAAGGCCAGCCACACUUCUCUGUUGACCCCCAAACAGGAAUUCUCCGCACAGCCGUGCCUGACCUGGACAGAGAGACCCAGGAUCAGUACCUCGUGGUGCUUCAGGCUAAAGACAUGGGUGGUCAUCUUGGGGGGCUUUCUGGAACCACUACAGUCACUGUGAAGCUGACAGAUGUUAAUGACAACCCGCCGCACUUCACACAGAGCACCUGGUUGUUCUCUGUCUCCGAGUUGGCCGUGCCGGGGGCGGAGGUGGGCCGGAUCUCAGCAACAGAUGCUGACCUGGGAGAGAAUGCCAAGCUGGAAUAUACCAUUCUGGAGGGGGAGUCGGGCGACACCUUCAACAUUACUGGGGUGAACCAGGAAGCCAUCAUCAUCCUCAAUAAGGCUGUGGACUACGAGAGCCGCAGUUCCUACUCUUUCUCUGUAGAGGUGCUGAACCCCACUGUGGACCCCCGCUUCCUGCGCCGUGGACCCUUCAAGGACCGCGCCUCCGUCCGAGUGGCCGUGCUGGAUGCAGAUGAGCCGCCGCGGUUCUCGCGGGCCCGUUAUCGCAUGGACGUGUCUGAGAACUGUCCUCCUGCUUGCACUGUUGGGCGGGUCAGCGCCGUGGACCCGGACACUGGACUCAACAACAACAUCAGGUACUCCAUUGAUCCCCAGUCAGAUCCGGAGGCACUGUUCCGCAUCGCCCCAGACACCGGACUCAUCACCACGGCUUCAGAGCUGGACCGUGAGCACGAGCAGUGGCACAACGUCACCAUCAUUGCCAUGCAGAGAGACAACCCCAGCCAGUUGUCCAGAGUGGUGGUUGCAAUUGAGACUCUGGAUUUGAAUGACAACGCCCCAGAACUGGACCGCCAGUACAACACUGCCAUGUGUGACUCCGCCUCCUCUGGACAGGUGGUGCAGGUGUUGAGAGCUAUUGAUAGAGACGAGGGGGGGAAUGACAGCACCGUCCAUUUCAACAUUCCUCCAGAGUCCAGCGCCGCACUCAACUUCAGCAUCAGAGAGAGUGGAGGCCCCACUGCGAGCCUGGUGCUGGCCUCGCCCUUGCAGGCGCUGUCUCGCUCCUCCUCGUCCUCGCUCACCCUCCACGUGCCGCUGAUCCUGAGAGACGGCUCGUCGGGCCUCACCAGCACCGGCACAGUCACCGUGUCCGUCUGCCCCUGCCUGAAAGGAGGAGCGAGGGCUGGGGAGAAGGAGAAGCAAAGCGAGGCUGAGUGGGAGAGGGAGACGGUGUGUCUUCCCCAGCACUCCUCGCUGCCCUCACCUGGACUCAGCACCGCCGCCCUGCUGGCUAUUCUGGCAUGCGUGGCCACGCUUUUAGCUGUCAGUGCUCUCUCUCUGUCCCUGCGCAGACAGAAGCGGGACUCCCUCUCUCCGCUGGAGGAAGACGAUGUCAGAGAGAACAUCAUUACAUAUGAUGACGAGGGAGGUGGGGAGGCGGACACCGCUGCGUUUGACAUCACGGCUCUCCAGAGCGCCCCCCACAGUGCACGCAGGGGGUACCGCACCCUCGACAGCAGGAAUAUACGCUACUCCCAGCGUGCCCAGGAAAAGGCACGGACGUACAGCAGCUGGGCCCAGUCUGGAGUUAUUGACAACGGUCACCACAGCCAGGCAGCUCCCCUGUACGGACGCUUGUGCUACAGCAGCCAAACGCUCCCCGUGCUCCGCCGCUCGCAGGCCGCCUACGAGCCCGCCAUGGCCGAGCUGGGCUACCGCUUCCCUGGGGGGCAGCCAGACCACUCCCUGGUAAUCCAGAACCAGGGGGCAGUGGUCGGGCCACUGGAGCCAGGGUCCUUGUAUGUGGGACCCGGAGAGGCAGUGAACAGCUCCAGGGAGGGGACAGUGUCCCAGAAUGGGGUCACCACCUCUGAAGGAGGAACGCCAAGAAAAAACGACACCAAGGAAGAUUCGAGCAGCGAUGCUCAGCAGAGCCAGGAUCUGGACUGGAAGCGUAAGCUCAUCCUGACCCGCUCUGACCCUCCUGCUCCUCCCCAUCCCAAACAGGUGCAGUCGGACGCAGCCCCUCGUGAGCAGCAGACCCUGGUGCUGACCCGCUCUGGCUCGCUGGCCGCCGUGUCGGGCGUCUCGGGCAGCUGGACGUGCGAUUCUGCCACUCUGCCCUCGGCAGGACGCCGCUCGUCGAGGUCUGGCCUCUCUCCGAAAAAGAGCGUCUCUGGGUCGACAGAAACCGGCAUAGACAGUGUCAACGGUGGACGCAACUAUGCCACCGUCCUGCAGGGGGAGCCGCAGAGGGACUACACAGGCAGUCUGGGCCGAGGCGGGCUGGAGAUGGGCAGCAGUUUUGUGGUGUACCCGGAGGCGGCUGGAGGGGGCUUCAUUGGGGACUGGAGGGACAGAGUUGGGAUGGGAGGUUUUGGCCUGGGCAGAAGAGAUAUGACCCCCCAGCUGUUGCCCUAUCCCAGCCAGGGCCGGGGGUCGUUUGCCAGGAUCUUGGGUUAUGGAGGUGCCUGGCCUUCAGGGCCCGAAGCAGCAGCUAGAGCGGCCUCUGCCGGAGGCGGUGGAGCAGCAGGGGGAGGCAGUGGUCACUCCCUGGCCUUGCGGGUGGGCGAGUUCCUGCGGCUACGCCUGGCCCAGGUAACGUUCGAUCCCACGCAGCCGCCGUACGACUCGGUGCAGGUUUACGGUCUGGAAGGCACGGGUUCUCGAGCCGGGUCACUCAGCUCCUUGGAGAGCGAGGGGGACAAAGACGGGGAGAAGGAAGAGUGGGUCGGGGGUCUGGAAGAGUGGGGGCCGCAAUUCCGCAAACUUGCCCAGCUGUUCCGAGAGCGGGAGAAAGAAAAAGACGAGGAUAAGGAUGAGGAAAAGACGCGGAAACGGAACGGCGAAGAGACCGGCGAGAAAGAGGAGCAGCUCGGAGAUGAGAGGAGAGACAAAGACUGAAAGAGUAAAAGAGAAAGAAAGAGAGAGAGAGGGAGGUGUAAAGGGCGAAGGGACGAUUUAAGAAUGACGAGAGCGAGAAUAAUGGGACGAGAAGUGAAGAGAGAAAGAGAUGAAGAGGAAGAGUAAUGGGUAGAGACAGAGAAAAACAAGCGUGGGCAAGAGAGGUAGACAGUGAGAGAAAAAUAGAGAGAGAGAGAGAGAAUGAGAGAGAUAGAAAAGAGGCUAUAGAGAGAACGAGAAAGAGAAAGAGAGAGAGAGAGAGUGAUUGAUGCAAUUUAAAGCAAUAAGUGCUGAAAAGCAGAAGCGUGAGCGCCGAAGCUAAAGACACAGAGGCUCUGUUUCGCUCUUCAGAGUAUUUACCAUUCUUUAAAUGUGCCAGGCAGGGAGGGAGCGAACAAGUGAACGAGCGAGGGAGGGA